AUGAAUGAGACACACCCCGAGGGGCUGAAAAGAGAAACUGAGACUUUAUUAGACAACUCGAUGCGUGCGUUUCAAGCGAUGUUAAAGGAAAUGUCUGUGGCUCCUGUUGGCAACAAAGACGAGAUAUUGAAACGGUCAAAUGAGUUCUUGGAUUAUUUAACCGCUGCGGAGACGAAGUUUAGACAGUUUGAGAAGAGUGUAUUUGAUGAAGAAGAGGAAUCAAAUGGGCAAAUGGCAGUCGUCCAGCAGAAUCUUCAGUCUAAGGUCAAUCAAUUGAAUUAUUACAUGGGAGAACUGGCAGAGAUACAACGAGAACUUGGGACCAAUUAG